GGUGGGCUGUGUGUUGUGUGUGACGUCACUUCCAGGCCCCGCCUCCUCUUACAGUGCGCAGAGUUCCGGAAGUUCCGCCCCGUCGUGAACUGGGACAGCAAGCGCACCCCCUACAGUGUAUGUGUGGCAACAACAUGUCUGUGCCGCUGCUCGCCGAGGCUGUGACGGUGUCCGGGACACAGAAGGAGACUGCGGCGGUGAUCUUCCUUCAUGGAUUAGGUGACACAGGGCACGGCUGGGCCGACUCUCUGACAGGGAUCCGGCUGCCUCAUGUCAAGUUUAUCUGCCCUCAUGCGCCUAAAAUCCCCGUCACUCUCAACAUGAGGUCCCUGAUGCCCGCGUGGUUCGACCUCAUGGGCCUGAGCCCCGACGCUCCAGAGGACGAGGCCGGAAUCAAAAAGGCUGCAGAAAACAUUAAGGCCAUAAUCGAACACGAGGCCAGAAACGGGAUUCCUCCUCACCGUAUAAUCAUCGGUGGAUUCUCUCAGGGUGGCGCUUUGUCCUUAUACACCGCUCUGACCUGCCAGCACCAGCUGGCCGGUGUGGUGGCCCUCAGCUGCUGGCUCCCUCUUCACAAGAGUUUCCCUUCGGCGUCGAGCGGCAACAAGAACAUCCCAAUCCUGCAGUGCCAUGGAGAGAUGGACAUGAUGGUGCCCGCGCAGUUUGGCGCCAUGACGGCAGAGAAGCUCAAAUACAUAGUUAACCCUCAGAUGGUCACCUUUAAAACCUACCCAGGCGUUCAGCACUCCUCCUGUCCUGAGGAAAUGUUGGCUGUAAGGGAAUUUAUUGAGAAGUAUUUGCCCCGGAUUUGACCUCACCUCAUUCCAACUGUGACGCCCUCCGAGACACUGACCUCUGACCCCUGAUCUGCUCUCCUGCAGGAAACAGCCAUGCGAACCCUCACACACACACACACACAUACACACACACACACACACACACACAUUUAAAAGGUAAUUUAAUCCGCAGAGCUGAACAGUUCUCUUCAUACAGUUCAACUUGUCGAGUCUCGGCGUUCGGAGGGAGAAACUCUCACUGCACAUUCCCCCUUUUUUUAAUUUAAAUCCUCCAUCUGUUGCCUCUCUUCUUUUCCUUUUUCUUUUUUACCUCAUCUUGUUUUCUUUUAUCAGCUUGUAUCAAUCAUCGCCUCACUGCCACACUUCCUUUUGAGUUACUGGAAAACCAGCGAUGAGUCUGAGUCACAUCAUCCGACCUGUGGGGGGCGCUGUCAGACUUUACAAACAGCUAUUGCUUCUACCCCUUUAGGGCUUUAGCUGCAGGUCUUAUAGGAGGUGAAAGGACGUAGAAUCUGUUCUAAUGUUGGUCACAUUACCCCAUCAAAUCUGCAGUAUUCAUUCGUAGCUCCUAAAUUUGUCCAAUUUGAAUACCUGCAACGUUGUAGCAUAGCAACAGUAAGCAGCGUACUUAUGACCCUGACUGUCUCUCCUUUGAGUUUGAGCAGAAACAGCAGCUUGGAAAGAAAAACUUAAACUCCCUGUUAAUCUAUUUUGAUUUUAACAGUAAGAAACGCUGCAUGUUUCCUUAAAGGAUUCUUAGUGGGAUCCCUCUGGGGAUCACAAAUCAGUAAAUGUGAGAUCUUGGCUUACUGUACUUUUGAGAAAUAGCAAAAAAAUAGUAAUGAAGAAAAGAAAGAAAUAAAAAAUACCAGAAAAUAAUAGAUAAAACAAGAUAUUAAUUCUUGUUUUUGGCACCAAACAGAACUGUCUGUUUGACCCGCCCAACAGAUUAUUUUAAUUUUUUUUUCAUUCUGCUCAUGAAUAACUGCAGAAAAAUGUGAUUAACUGACUAAUAAAGACCAUAAACCAGAGGUUUGAUCAGUGGUCACUAUCUGACCUGAGUAAUAACAACCAGCUGACCCAAAUGGGCGUUACGAUCAAAACAAAACCAGAUUUGAGCGAUCUUCUGACCUUUAAUAUCUGUCAUUUUUGAAAAUACUUCUCUACAAAACAAAAGCAUAAGACAUAGUUUAAAUAGAUUAUUUGGAAGUGGUUUGUUCACAGGUUUGAAAGGAUCAAAAUGUUAACGUUUUGGUGUGGAUUAAUCUGUUUGCGUAUCAUUUGACCUCUGACCUGUUUGCUUAGCGGCUAGCCAGGCGUGAAUAUCCUCGUCCUGCGUUGUUCCCGUUAAUGAUGUCUGAAAAGGCCUUUUAUAACGCAGCUCCUCUGUGUCCGACUCGGUUACUGGGAGAGCUGGUUUUCCACCAUUGCAUCCAUUCCACAUUCUGCAGCCUGUCCGGGUCUUUUUAUGGAAACGCGCACACAGAGUCCCAGGAACUGAUGCUUUUCCUAUUUUAAAUGUGAGAACAUGAAGUGACUUGUGUAAAACGUAAUCCAAGUGAAAUAAAGCUAAUGAAUGACUGUU